ACGGUAUAACUUUUUAAGAAAGGCAAAUCAUCACGUGCUCUCCCUCUCCCUCGCCUCUCUUCAACGAAGAAUCCCAGAAGCAGCUCAAGCCCCCCCAUUUCAAUUUCUCUCUCUGCAAUCAUUCCUCCGACUCCGUCUCUGACCACCAUCCAUGGCGGUUUCUUUAAGAGCUAUUAGAAACAUACGUUUUUCUUCUUUUCUCUAUCGAGCUUUGUCUUCUUCUUUAAGUUCCGGAGCUGACCUCAAAUCUUCUGCCUUUUUCGGUCACAGUAAGUCUCUGCCUCUCCGUGCUGAACCCAAGGAUAGAAAUGUCCAGUGGGUUUUCCUCGGCUGCCCUGGCGUUGGUAAAGGCACCUAUGCUUCUCGCCUCUCCAAUCUUCUUGGUGUCCCUCACAUCGCCACCGGCGAUCUCGUCCGUGAGGAGCUUAAUUCCUCUGGUCCUCUUGCCUCUCAGCUUGAGGAGGUUGUGAACCAAGGGCAAUUAGUUUCGGAUGAAAUUAUUAUAAAUUUAUUGUCCAAGCGUCUUGAAGCUGGAGAAGCUAAGGGUGAAUCCGGUUUUAUUCUGGAUGGUUUCCCUCGAACUAUCAGACAAGCUGAAAUAUUGGAGGGAGUAACAGAUAUUGACUUGGUGGUUAACCUAAAGCUUCAGGAAGAAGCAUUACUUGCAAAAUGCCUUGGAAGAAGGAUAUGUAGUGAGUGUGGAGGAAAUUACAAUGUUGCCAGCAUUGACAUCAAGGGUGAAAAUGGGAAACCUGGAAUGUAUAUGGCUCCACUUCUUCCUCCUCCUCAUUGUGCAUCAAAACUUAUCCAACGAUCUGAUGAUACGGAAGAAGUUGUCAAGGAGCGACUCCGUGUUUACAAUGAAAUGAGUCGACCUGUUGAAGAGUUCUACCGCCAACGUGGGAAGUUGUUGGAGUUCACUCUUCCUGGAGGAAUCCCGGAAUCUUGGCCAAAGCUGCUUCAAGCUCUGAAUCUUGAAGACCCUGAAGUUAAACAAUCUGCAGCUGCAUGAGUUCCAACAGUUCCGUAUCAUAUUUGCAAGAUAAGUUUGGUCAUUCUUUGCAUGUGAGGGAUGUGAUAUUAUUUAUAAUGAAAGGGAAAACAGGACUGCGCAAUAAACAAAGUCUAAACCAUUUAGAAGCUGUGAUAUUGUUUGGAGAGCGGGAGGACUGUACUUUUGGUGAUAUUAAGUCGUCGAGUGAUGGUUUAGUCCAAGGUUAUUAUAUUGUAGCAAACUAUCAGUGCCUUUCAAUAUGGUGACAGUUGGUUUAGUCCAUGUUAAUUACAUGGUGACCAACUGUCAUUGCCAUUCAAUUUUGCUGUAUUAUUUUAUUUGGUUAUGAAAUUCUAUUUCAGGGUUCUUUGGACUGAAGUUCCAAACCAGAAAAGCAAAUAACAUGGAAAAUGUAUGAGCUACGUCAAGUGAAACAAAAAUUCAGACUUUUAUUCUUUGGAUGUGAACACCUUUAGUCCAUCUUAACUAGUUCUAUUCAUUGUGAGGUGCUAGCUAAUGUCUCUGAUUGUGCAGUGCUAUUGGGAAUGUGUGUGAGUUCCUAUUAACCUGCAAAUGGAAAGCUGGAUCAUAUUAGUUUCAACAUUGUAAUAAUGUAUUUGUGUCGAAAAUUCAAUGCAUAUAUUUCAUUGCAGAUUA